AUGGCCCCGACACAACGUGUUGGUGGUGAGGAGGAGCACGAGUUGGAGGAGGUCGAGUCGGCCGUUGAGGUCGAAUGUCUCGAGCAGUAUGAGCAUCAGCUCGGCCGAUUUAAGGAUGAGCGCGACCGGAUCCAGAAGAAGACCUUCACAAAAUGGGUGAACAAGCAUCUAGCCAAGGCAGGUUCACGCGUGGAGGAUUUGUUCGAGGAUCUGCGUGACGGGUUCAACCUUCUCAGUCUACUCGAAGCACUGUCAGGAGAGAGACUCCCUCGGGAGAACGGUUUCACCAGAUUUCACCGCAUCCAGAAUGUGCAGUACAGUCUCGACUUUUUGAAGAGUCGAAAUGUAAAAGUGGUGAACAUCCGCGCAGAAGACAUUGUGGAAGGGAGCGCCAAGCUGACGCUCGGUCUCAUCUGGACAAUCAUCCUGAAUUUCCAGGUCUCCGAGAUCCUGGGAGCAGAGAGCGGCACCUCAGCCAGGGACGCUCUUCUCCAAUGGGCUCGAAAGGUGACGGCCGGUUAUCCCCGGGUGAACGUGACGAAUUUCGGGUCAUCGUGGCGAGAUGGGCUGGCGUUCAACGCCAUUCUACACCGCUACCGCCCCAAUUCGAUCGAUUGGGCAAAGAUCAGCGACGCCUCCGUCUCCAACAAGGAGCGUCUCGAAAAUGCGUUCCGCGUCGCCGAGCGCGAAUGGGGCGUCACCCGGUUGAUUGACGCGGAAGACGUCGAUACCGAGCACCCCGAGGAGAAAUCGAUCAUCACCUACGUCUCCGAGCUCUACAACAAGUUGCCCCAUUUGCCAGAGAUGAGCAAGCUUGAACGUCUCCAAGCCGAGUUCGAGGCCGAAGCACAACAAUGGAUCGACUGGGUCACCCGGAUGACAUCUCUAAUCGAUGAGCGCCUAUUCACCGCCUCAUCCGAAGAGCUCCUCUACGAGCUCGGGCGAUUCAGAGACGAAGAUCUACCCCCAAAACAUGACGAAAAGUUGCGACUGGAGAACAUCUACCAUCGACUGGAGAGUACAGGGGUGUUGGGUGUCCCGCAGCGAUUCAGCCCGGCGAAUUUGAAUCGAUUGUGGAAUGAAUUGUUGGACUCGAUGGAUCGAAGACAGGCUCUGCUCAUGGAGCGUCAAGCUAACCAGUCCUCUGCCGACGAUCUGAUCUCUCGUCUGACCCGUGGAAUUGGAAUCACCAACGAGAAGCUCGACCUCAUUCUCCAUCGCAUCGAAGACGUCGAAGCGCGCGUCGACCGGAGCCCGCCCACCGAAAUCGAGCGUGCCGUCCACGGGAUUGUUGAUGAUCUGAACGUGUUGGAGAGCCCGAUCCAGGGAUUCUUUGAAGAUGUUGAUGAACUAAAGGAGCAACGACACCCCGACGCCAAUGAUUUCUAUCGACAGGUGUACGGCCUUCACCAACGCCGCACGGCCUAUCUGGAGCGUCUGACGAAUCGCCUGCUGACCCGUCUUGGCCUUCGCACCGAGACCCUGCGCCGCGAGAACACAGAACGCCUGGAGACGGCCCGAAAAUCGACUUUCUCCCGGGUUGAGGAGUGCAUCGAAUGGGUUCGCACUCGUCUGGAGCGCCUCUCCAACAUGGAAUUCGUUGAAGACCUCGAAGUCCUGGAGACAAUGUUCGAAAAGCACAAGGUCGACAACCGAGACAUCCAAGACUUCCGCCAAAGCGUUGACGAGUGCAUCGCCCGCCAGGCCGAGGUCUCCGCCGAGGAUACGCAUGACUACUGUGAACUGUUGCGUAUCUUGGAGAGCGAGUACCAACAGCUGCGCGACCUCUCUGCUGGCCGUAUGCUGGAUUUGGACUCGCUGAUCGCCUUCGUCCGUGCCGCCCAAAUGGAACUCGUCUGGGUAUCCGAACGCGAGGAGAUCGAAGUGACCCGAAACUGGUCCGACAUCCGACAGCUCGACACCCCGAUGCUGCAGAACUACUACAAACAACUUCUACACGAAAUUGAACUCCGCGAAAAGCCCUUCAACGACGUCCACAAUCAAGGAGCCGCCCUCCUCAACCAGGGCCACCCCGCCGUCCACGUCAUCGAGGUGUACCUCAGAACUAUGACCUCCCAGUGGGACUGGCUGAUGUCGUUGUCGAAGUGCUUGGAAGAGCAUCUCCGCGACGCCCUCAACUUGAAGACGUUCAUGGAGGAGGCCGCGGAGGCCGAGGAAUGGAUGGAGCAACAGACAGCACACCUCGAGAGAUCGUACACAAGGACCGAUUUCUCGUUGGAGGAGGGCGAGCGGUACCUCAAGGAGCUCGAAGAGAUCGACGAGACGAUCAAGAAGUACCAGGAUGUGCUGCACCAGCUCACCGAACGUGUCGCCAACAUCUCGCCGUUGUGGCAGCGUGGUGAGCGCAUCUCGCGCCCGAUUGUCGUCACCGCCCUCUGCGACUACUCUAGCAAGGAGGUGAACAUCCGUGCCGGAGAUGACGUUGCCCUGCUCGACAACUCCGACCUGAUCCACUGGCGCAUCCGUGAUAUCUCUGGACAAGAAGGCUCUGUCCCAUCCGUGGUCUUCCGUAUUCCUCCACCAGAUGGUCGCCUUGCCGAGAUCCUUGGUCGUCUCCACCAGAGACUCGAGAAGCUGCGCAGGCUGUGGGAACGCAAGCGUCGCCUCGUCCACUUCUACAUGGUGCUGAACACGAUGAAGCAAAUCCAGGGAUGGGAUCUCGACACGUUCAACUCCAUUGACCCCAAGGCCAGGGAUGAGAUCAUUAAAGCCCUGCAAACGGACGUGAACAAGCUGCUCAGCGAGCUCGACCGCGAUGACCCGUUGUACAAACGGUUGAAGGACGAGUUCCAGAGAACGAUGGACCACUUCUACAAUCUCCUCAAUCAAAGCCAACGACCCCCAGAGCCCGACUACAACUCCCAAUAUGACCAGGCUGUUGCUGAUCUUCUCCGGAAACUCGAUGAAGCCUGGAGGAAGCUGAACGAGAGGGUCGGAAAGCCGUUGCCAAGGACCCCCGAGGAGCUCGAGAGGGAGAUCGUCGAGCACAAGCAUUUCGAAGAUGCUCUCCAGGCCCUGGACGCGGACGUGGCGAACGUGAAGGAACUGUUCAGACAGCUGCCCAACCCCACCCCAUCUCAGCGCAUCAACAACGAGAAGCUGGGCGCCGUUUGGGAGAAUUUGUGGGAUCUGUCGAGGAUGUACGUCGAGAGGAUCAAGGUCCUUGAAGCCGUCCUGAACGGUAUGGUCGAAGUAGACGACAUCGUCCGCGCCCACGAGGUCACCCUCAACAGCUUCGACGACCUGCCCGCCGACAUUGCCAAACUGCGCGGCGUCCACUCGCAGCUGCUGGAGAUGAACAUGGUCCUCCAACAACAACAAACCGUCAUCGACACGCUCAACAGGAAUGUUGCCCUCCUUCGCCAGCACGUCGCCCGAACAAGGAUUGAUGUUCACAGCCACCCCGACGUUGACCGUAUCGAAGAAGAGGUUCAACAACUGAACGUGCGCUGGGAGAAUGUCGGUGCUCAAGUUGCCGAACGUCUGAAGGCCGUCGAGAGGGCCCUCCAGAUCCAGAUGGUCUACCGCAGCGAAUGGGAGAAUGAGAUGGCGUGGCUCGAUCGAGUCGAGGCAACGAUCAACCAGCUGAGGAAACCGGAGGAGCUGAAGCCGGAGCAGUAUCAGAAGCAGCUCGACAUCCUCGUGGCUGAAUAUGCUCAACUACAGGAGCAUACUGAUGCCAUUGAGAAUGUGAAUCGUGAAGGAGGAAAAUUCAUUCGGGAUGCCAAGCAAUUCGACAUCCGCUUGAACCAGUACAGCGACAACGUCGUCCGCCAUCACGGAACCGGCAUCCGGAACGAGUUCCGCAGAUCGCAGCCCCAGCCAAAGAACGGUGCCACCCAGGUGACCGAGGAGUUGGAGCAGCUCAACCGCCGCUUCGCCCAGCUCUCGUCGCUGAUCCUCGAGCGCCGCAACAUUAUGCAGGUCCUCAUCCAGAACUGGAAGCGCCAAAAGCAGGAAGAGGAAGACCGACGAAAAGCCGAAGAAGAGGAGAAACGACGAGCAUUCGAAGCCGCCCGCCUCAAGGCUCUCGAAGACGCUGAUCCCUUUUUAAAUGGAAUUAAAAUUGUUACCUUAUUUAUUAACGAAAAAUAUCUUGAGCCGCUCAAGCCGAUCAUCGGUGGCUUUGGCGAAGAGGGCGUCGACGAGUUCGAGGAGGUCCAGCCGAUCACCCAUCAGCCCAAGAUCUCGGAGCACGAGGACGAGAUGCAAACCUACCAAGAGGAGACGAUCACUUCUACCCAAUUCUACGAGAUGGAAGGCGUGCUGCACAAACAGACCGGAGAGAUUCUGACGUUUGUGGAGGCUGUCCGCCAGGGUCUGCUCGACCUGCACGCCGGUGGUGGUCAAUUCUUCGAUCUUCACUCUGGAUCGAGGCUGACCCUGAAGCAAGCCGCCGAAUUGGGAUACAUUGAUGGAGGAUUUGAGGAAACCCUGAACAAGCACUGGGGCCUCAACCAUCCCGAUACUGGAGCAUCACUCUCCCUCCUCGACGCCAUCCAGAUCGGUCUCUACGAUCCGGAUAUCCGCCAACUGCGCGACAUCCACACUGGCGAGGUGCUCGACAUGAUGGAGUGCGUGACGAAGAAGAUCGUCUCCUUCGACAAUCAGCACAAGCUGAUCAAGAUGGGAGUGCUGAAGCUGCCCCCAAUGUCUCUGCAAGCGGCCAUUGACCAGAAUGUGCUCAACACGCAUACUGGGGAAUUUGUGUUCAAAUACACGAAGGAGCAGAUGCCGUUGAAGGAUGCUAUCUAUCACGGAUAUGUCCGUGUUGGAGGCGGUGCCACCGGCCAACCAGCCAUGAUCGCGGCCACCCUCAGCGACGCCAUCGAGUACAACCUCAUCAACGGCAACAACGGCGAGUUUGUCGACAAACACGGCGACGACAAGUUCACCCUCCGCGAGGCCACCAGCAAGCAGAAUGCCCUCCUCAACACCCAUGUACCGGAGAUUGUCAACACGGCCGAUAAGACGAGGCUCACCCUCGGCCAGGCCCUCGUCCGCAAUGCGAUCGAUUUGCGAGCAGGGAACUUCAGGGAUCUGCAGCACAAGCAGAACCUGUCCCUUCGCGAGGCCCAUCGCGAAGAUCUCAUCUGCCGACCGCGCACCAUCACCGAGAUGCACGAGAAGAACCUCAUCGACUCCACCGGUCAAUUCAUCGAUGCGGCCACGAAAUCGCGAUAUUCGCUGCUCGAGGCCAUCGGAGCCGGUAUCCUCGACGCCGAGGUCCGUCACAUUGUUGACCCUGACGAGCAGGACGUCAUCUCCAUCGCCGCCGCCCUGGAGCGAGGCCUUCUGAAUGCCCACGGAAAGAUCUGCCUCGAGAAGGAGCAGCGGGAAUUCUCGAUUGGAGAGGCACUCCGUGAGGGACUCCUCGCCAAGAGGGUCCGCCAUUCCAUCUUUGACAUCAAGGGAUUCAAGAACACCCAAACCGGCGGGCUGCUCUCCUACAACGAUGCUGUUAAUGUGGGAGUGCUCAUCCCCAACGCCGAGAGGGUCGUCGACUUGGCCACCCGGGACAGCUUCAUGCUGUCGGAUGAGAGGGCGAAGGACAUCGUCGACCCUGUCCUCCUCGACCUCCUCGUCAAGCCAAUCGGAAUCCGCGAGGGUUCGAGCUCCCUCUCCGUCAUUCGCGCCGUUGCCCGUGGACUGAUCGACGCCGAAAAGGCCGUCUUCUUCGACAAGGGAUCCCGCCAAGAAUACACGGUCCCCCAGGCUUACGAGCGUGGUCUCGUCUCACUCCGUGGAGCUCUUCAACUCCAAGGAAUGUUCGACAUCCACCCCUCACUCGUGGCCCCGGUCAAGCGUGUCGACAAGAAGAAGCGCAUCUCUCGCCCUGGCGCCUCGGGGCCAUUCGAGUUGGCCGCCGAUCAGGUCAAGGUCACCCUUGAGGAAGCGAUGAAACAGGGGCUGAUCGACUCGAGGACCCAACGAUUCCGACAGGGUGAUAUCGACAUGUCGUUGCAGGAUGCCCUCUCUCAGGGUCUCAUCGAUCCGGCUUCAGAAUGGGUUGUCCCGGCCAAGGAAAAGGGUGCUGGCCCGACAAUUGAGGAGAAGACGACGGAGAGUGUCAUGGAGACUGGACAACAACUUGCCCCCAAGGUGUACCCCGACAAGAAUGUCGAGGAGUCUGUCACUACAGUCAAGAGGGUACGAACAACCGAGACGACUGCUUUGGGAGGUCCUGGAGGUGUUUCUGUCUAUAGGGCUAUCACAGGAGCCAAGGGAGCAUUGGAGGUGCCGGCCAGUGGAUACCAUCUUUAUGAAGCUGAGCGCAAGGGUAUCGUUGAUCUUACUUCCGGAAAAAUCACUCCACCUGGAAUCGAUCAGACCCUUUCCUUCAAGGAAGGCAUCGAACUCGGCAUCAUCGACGCACGCACUAUCCUUGUCCGUGACCGCAGCGGCCGUAUGGUGAAUGCGAAGGAAGCCCUCGAAAACGGAUCAAUGGAUGAGAAUGGACGAGUGAAGGGUAGCCCCCUUGAAAGAGCCAUCGAGGAGAAGACCAUCGUCGUCGAGGCGGAAGCCUUGGUGCCGAUUGAUGAGGGCAACAAGAUCAUCCAAUUCUCCACCCAAUCUGGCCCCGUGCUGGCCUUCCGUUCCGUGGGACAUCCGGUUGUUGAGGAGACCGAGCAGGCGUGGUCUUUCGACUCUCAGAAGGGAGAGCUCGUCGAUCAUGUUUCAGGGCAACGGCUUACUUUGGAGGCCGCUGUCGCUUCCGGAAAACUGCAACGCGAAGAUCUGCGCGUACGCGACGCCCUGACCGGCCGCGAAAUGGGCUUCGAGGAGGCCGAGAAGUGGGGAAUCAUCGACAGCCGAUCCGGCUAUUAUAUGGACAAGAACACCGGCCAUCGCCUCACCUUCACCGAGGCCGCUCAACAGCACCGCAUCUACCCGACUGGAGGUGUUCCCGACAAUGCUGGAGAUGCCCUCCACACCACCGUCAAGGUCCACACCCGCACCGCCGUCGCCAAGAAGGAGGCGCUAGCCGGACCUGGAGCCCUGACUGGAGGAUCAUCCUUCGGACAGGCCAUCGGAUGGUAUGACAGCAACACCGGCACGUUCACCCAUCCCGAGACCCAGAAGCAGCUCACCCUCAAGGAAGCCAUCGUGAAGGGCAUGUUCAACCCGUACGACAUCACCGUCGUCGACAAGAGGCGCAACAAGGAGAUGAACUUGUUGGAGGCGAUGGACGAGGGAUUGGUUGAUGAUACCGCGGGAACGGUUACGGAUAGCAACACCGGCCGCCAUGUCAAUUUGAAGGACGCGUUGAGCCAGGGACUCCUCAAGGGCAAAUCCGUGGCCGACAUCGUUGAGCGCGACUUCACCGGCCGAGCUGAACCCCGUCAACCCCCAGCAAUUACCCAACACCACUCGACCUCUGGCCAUUCCACCCAUCAGAACUUCUCCAUCCCCCAUCAACAUGGCGGUCACCGUAUUGUCGAGCAAUCCCUUCAAUACACCGAUUUCUCCCCCUCCGGCGGCCCCUCUUCCGUCGCACUUCGUGGUGACGGCCGUGGCCCCCGACAGGAGAUGAUGGAUCUGGGCGGAGGUCAGCAAGUCGUCGUCAAUGUUGUCCGCGAUGAGCACGGAAUUGAGAAGGGACAGUACGUGGACCCAAAGACUGGAAUGAAGUUCACGAUCCAAAUGCAUGGAGAUCCGUUUGUGACCGAGACGAAGACGACCGUCAAGAGCACUUCGCAGGUGCAAUCCGUCGAGCUUGAGCCCCAUGCCGAAUUCGUCGGCAUCGACCGCAUCCGCGACAAGCGCAACAACCGCGUGAUGAGCCUCGAAGAUGCGAAGAGAAUCGGACUGGCCCGUGUCGACAAGAAGGGCAAGCAGCACACCAAGACCUACGCCGCCUUCCGAUCCAAUCUCCAUAACGCCGUCACCAAGGGAGUCGUCGACGGAAACGGGUCAAAGAUCUCUUUGGAAGACGCCAUUCGCUCUCGUCUCAUCGAUCUGAACGGCUUGACGUACGCCGACCCGAAGAGCGGCGACAGUGUCCCAUUGGCCCAAGCAGCUAAUAUGGGACUCCUGGAUGUGACCCUCUCGGAGACGCUGCCAAAGGGCGUCAUCCACCCAACCACCAACGAGAGGAUCCCAAUCUCCAAGGCCGUACAGCUCGGCAUCGUCGACGGAAGAACGGGCGAGGUGCGAAACCCGCACACUAAGGAGAGACUAACAUGGCUGGAUCUGCUGAAGCCCGUCUACAACGCCGUCACCAGCGAGGGAAUCUACGAUCCGACGAAGGGAUACGGGGUUCCGGUUUCUGUUGCGUUGAAUGAGGGAUUGAUCGAUGGAAAGACCGGAAGAUACCAUAACCCGAUUACUGGAGAAUAUACCGAUAUUGAGCACGCGUUGGACAAGGGAUUGAUGGAUAGGGGUACCCACGAGGCGCUCACCCGGCCGUCGAUUCGCGAUUUCCACACAAACCGCGACGUCUCACUGAUCGAAGCCGUACGCAGCGGUAUCGUUGACCCGAAGAACCGUACCGUCCAGCUGAGCCGUCAGAGCAUUGUCCCUAUUGCCAAGGCUCUCCAGGAUGGCCGUAUCCCAAGAGACAUCGGGGAACGUCUUCGACAGGUGGACAAGCUGACCCUGGCGGAGGCGUUGGGCAAAGGCCUGGUCGACGUGACGAACAACAUGUUCCGCGACCCAGACACCGGCCGUCAAAUGUCGAUGCAACAAGCUGUAGAUGAGGGAUUCAUGGAUGCGGGAAGCGUUCGACCGAUGGAAGGGGCCGCCGAAACCAAUUUGGCCAACGUUCUCGAGUCGCACGAUUUCGAUGAGAGCUCUGGACGAUUGCGCGAUAAGAAAUCGGGAUUGCAUCUUCCUUUUAAGGCAGCCGUCGACCGUGAUCUGAUCGAUGGUGAAUCGCUGCUACACGAGACCGAUUCUGCCCAAACCCUUACCCUCCGUGAAGCCCUCGCCCGUGGACGUAUUGACCAUGAUGGGAAAUAUGUUGACCCGAAGAGUGGACAGAAGAUGAGACUGAAGGAAGCUGUUGAACACGGACAUUUGGCCCUCAUUGCAUCCCCAAUGGAGGCUGGACGAGUUGUGGCUGAGGCCGUGAAACGACGUGACGCCGAGGGAUACAGGUUCCGCCUGGAAGGCCUCGACGAAGCCAAGGCCCACCACCGACACUCGAAUCCUCGAGUCGCCGAAGAAACGACCGUCUACCGGCUGAACAGGCCAAACGAACCCGGAUUGGCCGUCAGGAUGAGGAUGUCUGAUUCGACUGGACAUGCCGCUGACCGAGCACGCUCGAUCAUCGAAGACCCGUCCUCACUGGCCGAGAUGCAGCACGAAUUUUUGAGUGCCCUUGAAGCUGCUCAAUUCGAUACUGAGGGACGCGUCAUCGAAAACCCUGCCACCAACGAUCGGGUGUCGGUUCGCGAAGCUGCCGAGACUGGCCUUUUGGACGUGAUGUCCGGGGAGAUUGUGCACCCAACCACCGGCCGCCGAUACACCCUCCCGAAGGCCGUCCAGAUGAAGCUGCUCCAGGUUGAACCGGCCCGACGACUCAUGCACGCCUUUGGCCAAUCCACCGAUGAGCUCGAGCCCCGACAAUCUUCGAGCGCCUUCUCACCCGGUGGUACCACGACAACGACGUCUUAUGGACAACCCGGUGGUGGAUAUGGUGGAUAUACUGAGAGGACGACAACCCAUUCAUCCACUGCCCCUGCCACUUCUGGAGAUGGAGAGGUCACCACCAGGACAUGGACAAAGACGGUCGACUGGAAGGGAAAGCCGGAAGAGCUGCGCCACUCGCAGACCGACCCGUUGGAGCAGUACACCAGCUACGCCCGUGACAAUGAUGAGAGGGUGGAUGCCCCCGAGUGGGCACGCCGUCAU